AUGAAGAUGUCUGCAGUAUUCGCUAUCUUUAUGAUCAUGGGUUUAUUAUCAACCUCAUCAAGAGCUCAAGCUCCAGCAGCAACACCAACAGUUGCACCAGUUCCUGUUGCCUCACCACCAAUUGCAGCACUAGUUCCAGCAGUUUCAGCUGUUGCACCAACCGUAGCCCCAACAGUUGCCCCAACCGUAGCACCAGUAGUAGCUCCAUCAGUUGCACCAGUUGUAGCACCAGUUACAUCACCAACUCCAUCACCUGACACUACUACUCCUACUCCAUCAGCAGAAGCUCCAACACCUGACACUACUACUCCUACUAGUGCCCCUGGUACCGCCCCUGCUUCAGGUCCAAGUGCUGAUGGUCCAGCUGCUGAUACACCAUCAAGUGCUUACCGAUUUGCUGCUGUUGGAUCUGCUUUCGUUGGUACCUUUGUUGCUUCCGUUUUCUUAUUCUAA